AAUUUUGUUCUAAAAUAUUCAAAAAGGUUGUUAAAAAAAUGUCAAUUCGUAGUAUAUUUGCACCAAAUUUGUUUUCUGGAAAGGUCGCGAUUGUCACUGGCGGUGCCACGGGUAUCGGUGCCGCAAUUGCACAGGAACUAUGCCACCUUGGAUGCGACAUUGUAAUUGCUUCAAGAAAUGAAGAGAAGUUAAAAGCAGCAGCGAAAAAGAUGCAGGAAGACCCGCAAAUGAAAGGGAGGAUUUACACAACAAAGUGUAACAUUCGCAGUGAGGGUGACGUCAUUAACCUUAUGACAAGUACGAUUGAAAAAUAUGGCAAAAUUGAUUAUUUAAUCAAUAAUGGAGGAGGUCAAUUUCUCAGCGGUGCUGAAAACAUAACUGCUAAAGGUUGGCAUGCUGUAGUGGAAACCAAUUUAACAGGAACUUUUUACUGUUGCAAGCAUGCAUAUUUAACUUGGAUGCAAGAACAUGGUGGCUCAAUAGUCAAUAUUAUCACCGACAUGUGGAAAGGAUAUACUUUUAUGGCUCACAGUAGUGCUGCAAGGGCUGGUGUGGAUAACCUAACAAAAACGUUAUCCUUGGAAUGGGCAGGAAGUGGGGUAAGAAUCAACUCAGUUGCACCCGGUACAAUUUAUUCCGAAACAGCUGUGGCGAAUUAUGCUGACCCUGCGAUCUUUGAUGAAGCGUUACAACUUCAACCAACUGGACGUCUUGGAAAGCCUGAAGAAAUAUCGGCAGCAGUGUGUUUCCUUCUUUCUCCGGCUGCAGCGUAUAUAACCGGUGAAAGUCUGAAAGUUGAUGGUGCUCAGAGUCUUUACACUAAUUUCAUAAGGAUUCCGAAACAUGAUAACUUUCCCAAAUGGUCAUGGGAACAGACGAAAGCAAAAUUAUAAAAAAUCAUUUUGUCAAUUUGUUUCUAGAUUCUCUCUAAUCUGUUUCUUUCCAAUUUUCUAUUCACUCAAAAUAUGCUCUCGAAUAUAGACUGUAUGUAAUUGCCUCAAAAUUUUAAGAUAGCAUUUCUGUUCCAUUUUAAUAAUUCUUUAGUUUGUCAAUAGCCACCUAAUUUCCUUAUUUAGAGAUAAUAUGCUAAUGCUACAAAAUAAGGGUUUUAAGAAUUGCAGUAUUUUAUUCUGGGAUUACGACCUUUACGGGCAUGUCACAGUAAAAAUUUAUUCAAUAUUUGAAUGCAAUCCAAUAGAUUAAAUAUGUCAAAUAUCUAUUUUAUCCUACUUUAUAAUCAAAUUUAAUUUUCUAUGCAACCUAAAUAUAAUUCAAUACCUCACUACCAGUCAUUUCAGUUUUUCUACACUCCUAGAAAAAAUACCUUUGGGCCGAGAAGGCAACAAUAGACAUCAUAGCAGCCGUAACCAACCUGGUGCCAGAUGCUAGGUGUAAAACUGAUUUUACUUUUCGCUUUACAAAAAACUCUGUGUUCUUCCUCGUUUCAUUCCUCGAUAAGGUUAUUUCACGGGUAGUUUUCACUUUUUUGGCCAAGAAUUUGUUGAAAACGACGAGAUUUGGAAUCUACUAAUCAAAAUACCACUGGAAUGAAAAACAGGCGAGUCAUAAAAGGUUGGACACCACUGCAUUACAGAAUAGCUAGUCAGCAGUUACCAUUUUUUAUGAGGUGUUUAAAAACUGCGUUGAACAAGAAUGUAAACAAGCUGUCAAUAUUAUGACCAACAUAUUACCUACUCUGGUUUUGUGCGGGUGUCUGCCAGUGCGACCGACCACUAAACAGGAAGGCCAAAUCAAACGAAAUUGGGGAUCACAGAAACUCAUUCAAGUAUUACCAGAUUCGGUGUGGCCAAUGCAGCCUGCUUGUUAAUCACAUUCGCAUGUCAACUCCAUCGUUUAGUCAGCCACUACUGCAAGUUACUGCGUCACUUUUAUUGAGAGUACGAGUCCAAUCCUGGUAGGAUAGGUUGGAAUCGACGCAUAUCCCAUUUCGAUUUAUAUGCCAGGCUU